AUGGUGAUGUUUCUGCUCUUACUGUGCCUGCUGGGUUCCCCUGGUUGCUAUGGGGGAGAAGAUAUUCCACAGGACUUGAUGGUUCUUGCUGGUCCCUUGACCCAAAGUCUCAUCAAGGACCUGCAGCUCAGCCCCUCUUCCAGCCAGGUGGUUCCAUCAGAGGAGGCCCAAGAUGUCUUUGAUUGCAGCCAAGCCCUGCCUUCAGAAAUCAAACAGCACUUCUUUUAUCUUAAAAGUCUGGGGGUGACUCACUUCAAGGUGCCCCUCUCCUGGUCUCGAAUCCUCCCCACAGGAGACCCCAGCCAGCCCCAUCAGGACACAGUCAAGUGCUACAGGACCCUUCUGGAGCAGCUGACAGAGUCAGGCCUGCAGCCACUGGUGGUGCUACACCGCUCAGCUGUUCCACAAGAAAUCAGAGACACAUUUGGGGACUGGGACAGUGCUCACCUACCAGUGGUCUUCAAGCAGUAUGCAGAAUUUGUGUUCUCACAGUUUGGAGGCUUGGUGAAGUCCUGGAUCACCUUCAGUCACGUAGAUGAGCUCAGUGAUGAAGGAGAAAACAGCUCUCUGCAACAGCUCUCUGUCCUCGAAGGAGCACUUCAUGCACACGAGAGAGUUUAUCAACUACAUCAUCAGAUGGCCUCUGUUAAAGUAUUGGCCAUGAAAGACCUUCAAAUACUGGGAUAUGAAAUCAGUAGUCUUUUGGGGGAGACGUCAAGCAAGUAUUCACGGUCUAGUAAGGGACAAACACAUGGAUCAGUGUCUUCUUAUGAGAAGGUCUUGCAGAAGUUCAGCACUCAGACCCCAGCUGAGCGUGACGUGUUUCUCAAUGCAUCAUUUCCUGAGGGCUUUCAGUGGGCUGUCUCCAGCACUUCUUUUAAAGUGGAGGGCGGCUGGGCUGAAGACGGCAAAGGCGAGACGAUAUGGGACCGAUUUGGACACCAGCAUCUUGUUGAUAACCAAACUGCUGACUUGGCUUGUGACAGCUACAACAAGGUGGACUAUGAUGUGUAUCUUCUCAGAGGUCUUAACAUCAACAUCUACCAGUUCUCCAUUUCUUGGGCCAGAAUCUUCCCCUCUGGCCUCAGGGAAAGUCUGUCAGAGAAAGGAGCCCUUUAUUAUGACAAACUGAUCGAUACCCUCCUUCAGUCGGGCAUAGAGCCUGUUGUCACCCUGUACCACUGGGAUCUUCCUCAGGCCCUGCAAGACAAAGGAGGCUGGCAGAGUUCCACUAUUGUGGAAGCUUUUAAAGACUUUGCCGACUACUGCUUCUCUAGAUAUGGAGACAGAGUGAAAACCUGGAACACCUUCAGCAGUCCUCAGGUGGUCAGUCACUCUGGCUAUGGCACUGGGGAGCAUGCGCCAGGAGUUAAAGACCCAGUUGCUGCAUCUUAUCAGGUAACCCACAAUAUUCUGAAGUCCCACGCUGAGGCCUGGCACACCUACAAUGAUAACUACAGGAAACAGCAGGGUGGGAAAGUGGGCAUUGCUCUGAACGCAGACUGGGCUGAACCUCUGGACACUACCAGUAGCUCAGUUGAGGCAGCUGAUCGCUACAUGGACUUCAUGCUGGGCUGGUUUGCUCAUCCCAUAUUUGUGAAUGGAGACUAUCCAGACAGACUCAAGAGUCAAGUUGAGCUGAAGAAGGCUGAGUGUCAACCCACAGAGGUUGCCAUAUUACCUGUGUUCACAGAAGCUGAGAAACUGAGAAUUAAAGGUACUGCAGAUUUCUUUGGGCUUAACCACUACACUACCCGCCUUGUAAAUGAAACCACGGGAGGCUGCGUUCCAGGACCUCAUGGUGUUGGAAACUUCCAGACUCAUGUUGACCCCACUUGGCCAAGUACUGCAUCUGACUCAAUCCACGUGGUGCCAUGGGGGCUUCGCAAUUUGCUGAACUAUGUCGCAACAGAAUACAUUUCUGACAGUGGACUGCCAAUUCACAUUACUGGCAGUGGGAUUCCAACACCGUGGAGUGUCGAAGUAUACAAUGACAUUCAGCGAAUAACGUUCUUGAGGGACUACAUCAAUGAAGCACUCAAAGCAAUCCUUACAGAUGGCAUAAAUGUGAAUACAUUCACUGUUCAGUCAUUAAUGGAUGGAUUCGAAGGUCCUCAAGGAUACAGUGAGAGAUAUGGCUUGCACUAUGUAAAUUUUGAAGAUCAAAACAGGCAGAGGAUCCCUAAGCAAUCAGCAUAUUUCUACUCUGAAUUAAUCAAGAACAAUGGCUUCAUUGGCAGGCAAACAGAGGUACCAGGCAAGGCUAUAUACAAGAACACUCAAAUCAUUAAUAAGAAAACACCUUUACCUCCAUCUGAAGUUCCAUCCACAUCCAAAGUGGUUUGGGAGAAAUUUUCACAUCAAUCUAACUUCCAAAGGAAGCUUUACCAUUAUGGAACCUUCCCUGAUGGUUUCCAGUGGGGCGUAUCUUCCUCUGCCUAUCAGAUAGAAGGUGCGUGGAACACGGAUGGUAAAGGGCCAAGUGUGUGGGACACUUUCACCCAAAGGCCUGACAGUAAUAUUCCUAACAAUGACAAUGGCAAUGUGGCUUGUGACAGUUACAAUAAGUUGGAAGAGGACCUGUACUUGCUGAGGGCUUUAAAGGUUAAGUCAUACAGAUUUUCCUUGUCCUGGUCAAGAAUCUUUCCUGAUGGCACCAGAGCCUCUCUAAAUAUUAAGGGAGUAGAAUAUUAUAAUAGUUUAAUAAAUGGUCUUCUAGCCAAUAACAUUGCUCCAGUUGUGACUCUCUACCACUGGGACCUGCCUCAAGCUUUGCAAGACAAAGGUGGAUGGAAUGAUGCCACUAUAAUUGACACCUUCAAUGACUUUUGUGACUAUUGCUUUAGCACAUUUGGGGAUAGAGUAAAAUUUUGGAUUACAUUCAACCAACCUUACACUAUUGCAUGGUCAGGUUAUGGGCUGGGCCAGAUUCCUCCCCAUAUUAAAGAUCCAGGCCAAGCCCCAUAUGAUAUUGCCCACAAUCUCUUGAAAGCCCAUGCCAAGGUAUAUCACACGUAUGAUGCUAAUUACAGGCCAACCCAACAAGGUUUAGUGUCCAUCAGCCUCAAUGCAGAAUGGGUUGAGCCAAAAGACCCCAAUGCCCUACGAGAGGUAGGUGCAGCUGAUCGAGCUCUCCAGUUCCAGCUUGGAUGGUUUGCCCAUCCCAUCUUUAAAAACGGGGACUACCCAGAGGCCAUGAAGUGGCAAGUCAGCAACAAGAGCGAACUUCAGGGUCUUGCACAAUCCAGGUUACCAACAUUUACAGAUGAGGAAAAAGCAUCCAUUCAAGGAACUGCUGACGUGUUUUGUAUUAACUCAUACACCACAAAAAUUGUACGAUAUGUGACAACACCGCUCACUCCUCCAUCCUAUGAGACUGACCAGGACAUUGGUAAAGAGGAAGAGCCAAACUCUCCAACCACUGCUAUCCAUGGCCAAAGAGCUGUGUCAUGGGGCAUCAGACGACUCCUCAACUGGAUCAAAGAGGAAUACGCAGAUCCUGAUAUCUACAUCACAGAAAAUGGCUUGGCCACUGAUCGUGGAUUAACAGUAGAUGAUACCGAUAGAGUGUUCUUCCUUAAAAUGUACAUCGAUGAGGUUUUAAAAGCUCAAAACCUGGAUGGGGUGAAAGUUAAGGGCUACAGCAUCCAUUCCCUGAUGGACUCAUUUGAGUGGCUCUAUGGCUACAAUAAUGGAUUCGGGCUUCAUAACAUUGACUUCAAUAACCCUGUCCGACCAAGGACACCAAAGAAAUCUGCUCACUACUAUUGGCAAAUAGUAAGGGACAAUGGAUUUCCUGAAACGGAGGUGGAGAAAAUGUUGUACGGACAUUUCCAAGAUGGUUUUGCUUGGAGCUCAGCCACAUCUUCCUAUCAGGUUGAAGGGGCCUGGAAAGCAGACGGAAAAGGCCUCAGCAUCUGGGAUACGUUUUCUCAUCUUCCUGGAAAGAUAGGAAAUGAUGACCAUGGAGAUGUCGCUUGCGACAGCUACAACAAGUACUUGGAAGACGUGGAAAUGCUUAAGAGUUUAAAAGUGGGCCAUUUUCGCUUGUCUAUUUCCUGGCCCAGGGUACUACCUGAUGGCACAACUCAAAAUAUCAAUGAGGCUGGGAUCAACUUCUACCAUCGUCUGAUUGACGCACUGCUUGCUGCAAAUAUUAAACCUCAGGUGACCCUUUACCAUUGGGAUCUCCCUCAGGCACUACAGGAUAAGGGGGGGUGGGAGAAUGAGGCCAGUGUUCAAUGGUUCAGAGACUAUGCAGACCUCAUGUUCAGUCGCUUAGGAGACAAAGUCAAAUUCUGGAUCACCUUUAACGAACCAUACAUUACGGCUAAUUUAGGAUACGGCUAUGGCAACUUCGCACCAGGUAUUAACAGUCCUGGCAAUGCUGUUUACGUUACUGCCCAUAACAUAAUCAAGGCCCAUGCUGAAGCCUGGCAUGUGUACAAUGACAAAUACCGUGCCCAGCAAGGGGGCCUGGUCUCCAUAACACUCAAUUCUGACUGGGCAUACCCCCGCAACCCAGCCAAGCAAGAGGAUAAAGAUGCUGCCCAUGCUUACAUGCAGUUUUUCCUUGGAUGGUUUGCUCAUCCGAUUUUUAAAGGGGACUACAGUGAGGUGAUGAAGAACAACAUCAGAGAGAGGAGCCUGGCACAGGGUCUUCCCAAAUCUAGGCUUCCAGAGUUUACACCUACCGAGAUCCAAAGGAUCAAUGGAACCCAUGACUACUUUGGACUGAACCAUUACACAUCUGUAUUAGCAUUCAUGGCGAUUUACCCUACAGCAGAACAAAGCUACGAUGCAGACAGAGGAACUGCUGUGAUGUCGGACUGGUCCUGGGUGGAGUCUGGCUCCAACUGGUUGAGGAUUACACCGGACGGCUUCAGAAGGCUCCUGAAGUUCAUCAAGGAUGAAUAUGGGAACCCACCCGUGUACGUCACAGAGAACGGCAUCUCAGAGAAAGGCCCUGUUGACCUCAAUGACAUACACAGGAUCUUUUACUAUGAGAAUUACCUCAACCAGGCCUUGAAAGCUUACCUUAUAGAUGGCGUAGACCUGCGUGGCUACACAGCUUGGUCUCUGAUGGACAACUUUGAGUGGGCUAUGGGUUACGAAGAACGUUUUGGCUUGUUCUACGUAAAUCGCUCUGAUCCCACUUUACCACGCACCCCCAAAGAGUCUACGAAGCGCUACACUACUAUCAUACGCUGCAAUGGAUUUCCUGAUAUCUCUCAGGGUCCUCACGAGUGUCUCACGCCCGAGCCAGGAACAACCACAACCACAUCUCGUCCUACUACCACUACCUCAGCGGGGCAGUUCCUGGGUUUGGACGUCUCAUUGACUCUGCUCGUUUUGUGCCAUUACAUGCUGCUAUUAAUGUAAAAGCGAUUCAUAGUAGUAACAUUGUGUGUGAAUGAUGUUGUUAUGGAGUUGAUACAGAGGAGAACAGUGACACUGUUCCAGUGUUGUUCAAUGAUUUGUCCAUGAGAUGGCAGUGUAAGCAAAUUCUACACAUUCUUGAAAGAGCUGCAACAGAUUGGUUGUAUGUGUGCAGCACAUAUCGUGUUUAGACUCCACUAUACUCUGUGAGAGUUAAAGUCAAGUGAUUAUGCUUUUUUUAGUUGAAGCAUAACCUUCAAUAAUUUUUCCACACAGUUUUUUUUCUAAUGAUAGACAGAGAAAGAUUGCAUCCACAAGUGUGACAUGUACUUUGUAGAAGUACAACCAAACUUUCUAAUAUUUCUUAUUCUUAGUCUCACUUAUUCUUC